AAAAGUGGAUCUGAAUCUAUCUUUUAACUGUUUAUAGGGUGCUUAUAAGAUAUUAGUCUAGACCUAGGCGGCCUGGAUCGUAUGAGAUUACCUCAAUACGACACCAACUCCACUCAGAAACAGACCGUAAACGUCGGCUGCAGUAUUUAAGCGAAGAAAGCAAAGAAGAAUAAAAAAAAAAAAAAAGUUGGGUCAGUGCCUGCCCUUGUCGACAGAUAUUUGACAGUUGGCUGGCUCCUGCGGUGGCGCUCUGCUCUCCCAGGCUUAACCAAAUUCGAAGCAAGCGACCAAAUUUCUACACAUUUUAAAUACCGACCAGAGCAGACCUUACCUCGAAUUCAAUAUUCUAUCUACCUUCCGUCGAACCUCAAUGCGUAUGCUUUGUUUCUCAUCUUUGUUUUGAGCCGGAUUCUGGCUCUGCUCUACAGCUAGCUCUAGUAGCUUUGGUCUGGGUUAAAUGGCUCUACUAAGUGGUGAUAAUGAUCAUGUUAUAUCAUCAGUUAGCGGCAUCUCAUAUGGGUAUAUGGAGCACAAGAACAUGAUGGUGAUGAUGGAGAAGAGACAGCUGUUCCUGAGGAGCUACCAGUUCUGCAGGAAAAGGACCCUGACUGAGAGAAUCAAGAGAUCCUUGGUGGGGGUUAAGAGGGUCAUGUGGCUUAGGCUACGGUCUGCCCGUAAACUCAAAAGGUUGGUCUUGUCCAGACUCCGAUUUGCCUUCUUGUGUCGCGGGCGCAAGAGGAGAUAUAUUCGUCUCAAGAACAAUCAUUUCCGCCACACUCACAACUCAUGCUUAUGGUAGGCCUAGAGCAGGACUUGGUCUCAUUUCAAAUCUGUAGUUUUUCUAUUAUAAUUUUGUAACUAUAAUUUGAAUUAAAUUUUUUACAGUUUUCAAUUUUA